GCGCGGGGCUAGAGCUCUUGGAGAAGUGGGCUCGGUGCGCGGCGCUCUGCGCGGUCCCAGGGAGCGCCGGGCGGCAGCGGCGGCCGCAGGAGCAGCAGCAGCAGCCCCCCGCGUGGCCGCCGCCUCCGCGCCGCCAGCCGCCAAGGCUGCAGCCUCCGAAGGGAGGCCAGGGGAACCGGGGUGCGGACUUUCCCGCGGACUUUCGGAGUGUUUGUGGAUUUACAUGCCCAGCCAUCAAGAUGAUGUCCAUGAACAGCAAGCAGCCUCACUUUGCCAUGCAUCCCACCCUCCCUGAGCACAAGUACCCAUCGCUGCACUCCAGCUCCGAGGCCAUCCGGCGGGCCUGCCUGCCCACGCCGCCGCUGCAGAGCAACCUCUUCGCCAGCCUCGACGAAACGCUGCUGGCGCGGGCCGAGGCGCUGGCGGCUGUGGACAUCGCCGUGUCCCAGGGCAAGAGCCACCCGUUCAAGCCGGACGCCACGUACCACACGAUGAACAGCGUGCCAUGCACGUCCACGUCCACCGUGCCGCUGGCGCACCACCACCACCACCACCACCACCACCAGGCGCUCGAGCCCGGGGACCUGCUGGACCACAUCUCCUCCCCGUCGCUGGCGCUCAUGGCCGGCGCGGGCGGCGCGGGCUCGGCGGGCGGCGGUGGUGGCGCCCACGACGGUCCGGGGGGCGGCGGUCCGGGGGGCGGCGGCGGCCCCGGCGGCGGCGGCCCCGGGGGCGGCGGCGGCGGCGGCCCGGGGGGCGGAGGCGGCGGCCCGGGCGGCGGGCUGUUGGGCGGCUCCGCACACCCGCACCCGCACAUGCACGGCCUGGGCCACCUGUCGCACCCGGCGGCUGCGGCCGCCAUGAACAUGCCGUCGGGGCUGCCGCACCCCGGGCUGGUGGCGGCGGCGGCGCACCACGGCGCCGCGGCGGCGGCAGCGGCGGCGGCGGCGGGGCAGGUGGCGGCGGCGUCCGCGGCCGCGGCCGUGGUGGGCGCGGCCGGCCUGGCGUCCAUCUGCGACUCGGACACGGACCCGCGCGAGCUCGAGGCGUUCGCGGAGCGCUUCAAGCAGCGGCGCAUCAAGCUGGGCGUGACGCAGGCCGACGUGGGCUCGGCGCUGGCCAACCUCAAGAUCCCGGGCGUGGGCUCGCUCAGCCAGAGCACCAUCUGCAGGUUCGAGUCGCUCACGCUCUCCCACAACAACAUGAUCGCGCUCAAGCCCAUCCUCCAGGCGUGGCUCGAGGAGGCCGAGGGCGCGCAGCGCGAGAAAAUGAACAAGCCCGAGCUCUUCAACGGAGGCGAGAAGAAGCGCAAGCGGACUUCCAUCGCCGCGCCCGAGAAGCGCUCCCUCGAGGCCUACUUCGCCGUGCAGCCGCGGCCCUCCUCGGAGAAGAUCGCCGCCAUCGCCGAGAAACUGGACCUCAAAAAGAACGUGGUGCGGGUGUGGUUUUGCAACCAGAGACAGAAGCAGAAGCGGAUGAAAUUCUCCGCCACUUACUGAGGGGGUGGGGCGGGUGGGCGCGGGAGGAGGGGCCGAGCAGGGAG